AUGUGGUUUCCUACAGAUAACGAUCUCAGAAUAUUCAUGAGAAAAAUAGUGAGAGUUAAUGAGGAAAACGAGAGGGAUAAUUUGAGAGAUGAUGUUGUUCGCAUGCGUGAUCUUCUAUCGCUCCUCUUGGACAGAUGCAUGGAAAGUCCAAAUCCUUUACCUGAGAAUGUGAAACAACACUUUAGGGAUAUCUACCAGAGCUUAAAAUUGCAUAUGGAGUUUCACGGCUUUGGAAGGGAUGCUGCUGCCGACAUAUUAAACCUUAGAGAAGUGGGUGAAUAUCUUGAAUUGGGUGCAGAUGACGCGCCAGAGAUAGAAUGUGCCAUCGACCCUGGGAGCAAAUUGUUGGAAAUUGUAAGUAAGCGUAAGACAAAACGAAUUCUUGGAAUGAAAUCUCGAAAUUCUCUGCCAGGUUACGCUGCAUUUUCCUUGUUAACUGAGAACACAUGAUCAAACAUACUAGUAAAACUGGGUAACUUGUAGGUACUCAGAUCUUCAUAUAGUGCGAGUCUGUUGUAAGCAAAACUUGCCCAACUGAUAUUAUAUUCAGGCUAAAAUCAAUUGUGAAAAAUUACAUGGCAGCGAGAAGCUGGUGUUAUUUUUUAACGCCGUAUGGUGUCGUUGCCACUGACUCCGUUAUGUUAUUCCACAAGCUAAAACAUAAGGAAAGUUUUCCACAUUUUCACCUUGCAGUUUCACAUUCACACCCCAUAAACAUUUUUCAACUUCAGUUUAGUCACAUGGGCAUGGAUCGCAGACCGAAAAAGGUUCGCAGACGAAAACCGCGCAUCAAAGAACAUGCUGGAAACUUGAGUAUGGGAGAUGACAAAAGUUUGGUCAAGUUAAACUGAAUCAAUCCCCAAGGAAAAACAAAUAGACGUCGUAACAAAUUCAGGCCAAAAGUUUUCAGUGCUAAAGGUUUCCCGUCGUAUCAAUUCAGUCAGUCACUUCUUUAGGCCUCUUCAGUUAUAUACAAUUGAGAAUCUCUUAUUUUAAACAGAGCCUGAAAAAAGCAAUAAUGAGCCUUCAGUAACGGCAAAAGAGAAAAUAAGGGAAAUUUACCCUUUUUUUUCAUGCUGCAGCUUAACAGCUAUGUCCCCUAUUUCAGUUUUCUUUUUUAAUUUCAGUUUAGUAUUAUGGCAGUUUAUGAUGGACAAAACCUGGGCAGCGAAGAACAUGCUGAUCUAGUAUGGCAGAUGGCGACAGAUUUGUUGAGAUAUCUAAAUAGACCUCUAGAAGGAAGGGAUAGACGGCGCAACAGAUUCAGGUCUAAGGUUUUGACCAAAGUUUCUCUGAGAGAUGAAAAGGAGAAGAAAAAAAAAUGGUCUGCCGGUUCAUCAGUGGCAGUCAGUCACUUCUUAAGGCCUCUUUAUUUAUACAAUAGAAUUCGUCAUUUUAAACUGAGCCUGAAAAGAGCAGUGAUAUAUAACGAGCCUCUAGAAACGGCAGAGACGAACGUUGAAUGGCAAUCUGAAGCAUUUGGGGGAGAGGGGUAUGAAAGAUCAAAAAGACCUUGCCAAACCUGCCAGUCAAAGUUCCGGAACUUACAGUGCUUCGGUGAAAGCGACCCGCGUGAGUUCAGUUCGGCUCAACGUGCCGAGUAUUGUCCUAUCAACCAACUUCUCCCCCAGAGACCACGCCAGAAGAUGAGAUUACACGGCAAGAGCUUGACACUGCCCUGGGACAGUUCCGUCAAAGAUGUUGGUUUCUUUAUGAAGACUUUGGAAAUAUUGCACAGAUUUGCAGGGAAGCGUCAAAUUUUGGAGACAUUGAACACCUCCGCAAUGUAUACGAAGAGCAUGUAA